AUGAACAGCGAUGCGAUUUCUCCCUGGUUCUCUCUGUGCAUUAAACGCUUGGUAACCGCUGUCUUCCUGGCUUUGCAAGUUAGAAUGGCAGCGAGCAAUUCUGCACUGUUCUUCCAGAAUCAGACCAUCACCUCUUCAGCCAACGUCUACGCCUGCGGUUUCUACAGAAUGUCGUACCAAAUCUGGUGUGACCCCGGGCCGGUCACUGCCUAUGUGGCAGCAUGCAGCGAUUGCGAAAUGUCGACGCCUUUGGAAGCUCAGAGUGGCGGAUCCUCCACUCUGAUCAAUAAUACGAUUACGGUACUCCCCACGGGCUUGACCGCGCCUCCAUCUUGCCCGCCCGCCACGGCAUUCGCCCAGUCCAUGUCCUGCCCCGCCCGCAGCGAAUGCACCGUCAAAUGGCCCGGACCCGACAGCAACACCCAGCCCCUUUGCUUGGUCCUACUGACCAUAAGCCCUUACAUGGGACUUACUGUUUGCGAUGUGUCGAUUGAAGGACAGACCUCUCCACCCGCUGCAACCGCGGCAUCUCCCUCCGGCGGCGUCAAAACCCCCCUGGAGUGGUGGCAGUUGUUGUUGAUAGUUGUGGCAGGAGUGGGGACACUUAUUGUUGGAUUGGCCAUUACCAUGCUCCUCCUGAGGCGGCGGAGCUGCUGCAGCGGUGCUGUUGGCGGCAGCGGCGUCACCGCCGCUGAGAGGUCCCCAUCCCGAGUGGUCCCCAUUCCCGAGGCGUCGAGCUACGCGGCAGCCGCAAAGCCUGGUGUCAUCCCGCGCUCGUCCCGGGCAGCUUCUAACCCCUUGCUGCCGCCGGAGCUGUUGGCCAUUCCACCGUCAAAAGUCCUGGAGAUGUACUCACACCGCUUGCGGGACAGCUAUCUUGACAACCCGGACCUCUACGUUCCCAACGUCAAGAAAGCCCCUACGUCACUGCCCCGAACCAGCUGGUCUUCAGCAGCCCGUGCCGCCCAGGUCGCAGACCCCCUGGACAGCACCGCCGCACCACAGCUGCCCGGAGGUGUACCGACUCCAAUACAACACCCCGCUGCUACUGCCACUACUGCCACUGCCACGACCGCUGCCGUUGGAAGACAGGCGGGAGAUCACAGCGGGCCCAGUGAACCAACCGCAGUUUCCGUUGCCGUCGCCGCACAGCAGCAGCAGCAGCAGCUCAGGCCCGCCGGCGACCAGCAGCAGCAGCAGCUUCUGCUACAGCAGCCUACAAGUUGGGCUCCGGAUUUAAACCCGAACCCAACUCGAGUUCUGGAGCUUCCUGCCGCCACCGCUGCCUCCACAGCACAGUACCAGGGGCCAGCUGCUGCCGCCGCUGCUGCUGCCACCGCCGCCGCUGCUGCUGCGGCAUCCACGGCCUCCAAUAUCGCCCAGGCUCAGAGUACGACCUUCACGGGGUAUCAGCUCGCGCCAUCUCCACCUCCGUGGCCGCCACCUGCGCCUCAAUGGCCCGCUUCAUCCGCCCAGCCAGCAGGCGGCCCUCUGGUGCCAGGAUCGGCUACUGCCGGACAAAUACCGCCGCUGCCGCAGCCGCCGCCGCAGCCGCCGCCAUCAGCAGCCCCCAAGUCUUUGUUUGGAAGGUUGUUCAGUGGUAGAAAAAAGGCGCAGCCACAGCAGCAGCAGCAACAGCAGCAGCUGCUACAGCCAGGCGGUGGCGGAAUCACCGCCGACGGCGCCGAUGGAUCAUCGUGGCGCGGCCCGGGCCAUCAACCUGCUGCUGCUACUGCUGCUACUGCCGCUGUCCCUGUACCUGAGGGGCCCGGUGGCCUACCGCCCGCGGGGUCGACCCACUCCGCCAUGCCGCCACCUCCAUGGCCAUUGCAACAACACCAUCAACAAGAACAACACCAUCAACAACAACAGCAGCAAAUAUCCUCCCAGCUGCUACAGCCUGGAAUGCAGCCACCUUCAAUGACGCUGCCGUACAUGCAGUACAAUCCUCAGCUGCAGCAGCAACCGCAGCCAGGGCCAGUCCAGGCGUUGCUGGGCGGCCGCUCAGACCCCCCGGGGGCAGCACUGGGUUGCCACCACUGGGGCUUGUGCCGCCGCAGCUCGCCCUUCAACCACCACGGCAACCGCCGCAACAACUGCCCCAACAACUGCAACAACAGCAGAACCAGCACGGCCUCCCCGCAGAUUACCCUUUUGCCCGGCUGCUGCCCUCCGACACCUUACAGCACCAGCACCAGUACCAGCAAGAGCAGCAGCUACAACUACAACUACAACAAUAUCAGGGACAGGAUCCGAGGCCGGCCGCCACUCCAACCGCUUCAACCACCACUACGAAGCCUAUCGCCACCCCAAGCCCUAGGUGCCCUAGGUAAUGGGAUGCCAGGCGGCACCGAGGACGAUGUUCCUGGGCCGGCUGCUGCACCCCCUGGGGCGGCGGCGGCGGUGGCGGCAGCAACAGCGGCACCGGCGAAUCCUUUGGACGCGACACUGUCGUCAGGGCCGCCGCGCAGCCUGCCGGCGCCGUUGCAGCUGACCAGAAAGCUCGGCAGCCUCGCGCCGCUGGGGGCCUCAGAUGCUGCUGCUGGCGGCGGCCUCGGCGGCCUCGGCGGCGCCUUGCCGCCAAGGCCUAUGGGAGGAGGCCUGGUGCCGCUGGCGCCGCUGGCGGGUCCCCGCAAGCUGGCGAUAACGCCGCGAAAGAUGGACGAUGACGAUGACGACGAAGGCGAUGGCGGUGCUGGGAAUGGUGGCAUGGAGGGCGCUAUGUCGCUACGCGGCGAAUCUUCCUUUGGGGAUGAGCGGAAGAACACCGGUGGCGGCGCCGCCGCAGGCCGUCUUGGGAUGGUUGGUGGAUUGGAGGAUAUGGACGACGGAGACGGAGAUGUCAUCAACCCUGGGCGCGGUGACGAUCGCCCGAUCCCUCCUCCGAAAAGAGGGGCCUUCUUUUGACCCGCCUCCUGCCCGGAAACCCGUCGGUCGGUACCAACACCAGGGCUUUUGUAUCAUGGCUGUGCGCGCGUUCGUGCGUGCGCGCGUGCAUGUGUGCAUGUGUGCAUGUGUGCAUGCACGCGCGUUCACGUGUGUGUGUAUGUAUAUGUGUAUGUGUAUGAAUGAACCCUUGGCGGCAUGAGAUCGGUGUGCAUCGGAAAUUGGACCGGGGCGCAUUCGAUGUCAUGCGGCACAAAUGAUAAAUGACGCAAACGCAGUGGGAUGUGUGUGUGUAUGUAUAUGUGUGUGCAUGUGUGUAUGUGCAUGUGUGUAUGUGUAUGUGCGUAUGUGUAUGUGUGUAUGUAUGUGUGUGUAUGUGUGUAUGUAUAUGUGUGUAUGUGUGUGUACGUGUGUGUAUGUAUAUGUGUGUACGUGUGUGUGUAUGUAUAUGUGUGUAUGUGUGUGUACGUGUAUGUGUACGUGUGUGUAUGUAUAUGUGUGUAUGUGUGUGUACGUGUACGUGUACGUGUACGUGUACGUGUGUAUGUGUGUGUCUAGUCCACAUGGUCCACAUGGCGGUUGAGACCGAGCACGUGUACCCACUGUUGGCGACUUCCGUACUGCCGUACGGUUGACUAUCAUAGAGACGACACUUGGAGGCUCUGGAACGAAGAAAACAG